AUGUUCAACCCACACACGGCGAGUGCGCCCCUGCUCCUCAGCAUGCUCGCAAUCUCCGCGUGCCUGUGUCCGCCCCAGACUGACGGCAUCGACGGCGACAAGCUCUACGCGAUGGCCGAGUCGGCGCUGCACCACUGCCGCAACGAGUCGCGCAUCGACAUCAUCCAGGCGCUCAUGAUCCUGUCCCUACGCCAGACGGGAGUCGGCGACAAGCGCUCCGCGUUCACCUACGCUGGACGUGCGGCGACGAUGGCACUGAAUCUGGGUCUGCACCUCGCGCCUACUACGCCAAGCGAGGCAGGCGAGUGUGAGCUGCGCUCACGCGUGUUCUGGAACGUAUACGUGCUCGACAAGAUUCUUGCCGAGGAGCUAGGUCGCCCGCUGUUUCUGCGCUACCGGCGCAGCAGCACGCCGCUUCCCUCAGAGACCGAGUCGGACGAAUUUGAGCCGUGGCCGCCUCAGUCGCCUUCCUCGGCCCCCGUUCCCGCACCGGUGCGACACAUUACGCCGCGACGAGGCCACAUCAUGUCGUUUUUCGUAUGGACGUGUCGCAUGGGAAUGAUCAUCGAGGACAUCCUGGACCUCGAAGUCAUUGGCCCGCCAGUGUACGACAGCUGGGACCGGCGGUUUAUUGCGCGUAUCGAGGCGGAGCAGGACACAUGGCGCCGCGCGGAGCGCAUCGCCGAAGACCUCGUCGCCUGGCGCGAGGCGAUGCCAGCCAAGCUCGAAGUCAACCUGGACCCCAACGUGUCGCCUCUGCCGCACCACGUCGUCGGCCUGUCGUGGUACCACACGGCGCGCAUUCUGCUGUACAGCCGCUUCCUGCGCCGGCGGAGCGGGCACGGCCGCGGUCCCCCCUCGCUCGUCGACAAGGCGCACCGCGUGUGCUCCGAGUCCGCCGAGGCAUGCAUCGACAUGCUGGCGCAUCUCGACCGGCACAAGCUGCUCUCACAAUGCUCUUCGGACUGCAUCCACAUGAUGUCCGUGAUCACGCUGUGGGAGGCAUUUGAUGCGUCCUCGUCCGACCCAGCAAUCGCGCACCGCGCCAAGCUCAACUUUGCACAGUGCUGUAUCUGGCUGCGUGACUUCUCCUCCUCGUGGCCCGCAGCAUCGGCGCACAAGCUUUUCUUCGAGGGUCUCAUCCAGGGUGGUCUGAAGCUGAGUUCCGGGGACAUGUUCCGCGAAGACCACACGCCGGAGAGCGAGCCGCGUUCAGGCGAGCCAGGCGUUACGAUCACGGAGGGACUGCGCAGUAUGGGCCGCAACCUAGCCGACGGGGACGAGGACGACACGCCGCGACAGCAGACCUCGGGCCACGAACUGGGCCAGCCGAUCAGUCAGGGCUCCCAACUCGCGAUAGGACAGCAGGGCCAGCAACAGCAGCCGAACCUCUUCAACCUGAGCCAGUUCUACUGGAACCACCUGACUACAACGGAACCGGCGCCAGGCGAAGGAGCAGGUGGCUGGGAGCUGGACCCCGGAUUGGCGCCGCAGAACAUGUUCGGGUCUCCCGCUGAGCCCAUGCCCCCGCCGCAGAGGACGGAUAGCACGCCUCCCGUCCAGUUCGCGGGACCUAGCAACUACUUUGACGGUGGAGGCCAGUGGGGCAACCCGCCCGCGCAAGGCGAGGGUUCGGACCAAGCUGCGAUCUACGCUGCGCUCAUGAGCUACAUGGUGGAGGCGGCUAAGGGCCGUUAA